UCCCACAAUAGGGACUUUUAGAUUUGCACGUCGACAUAGUGGACUGCUACGUGAUGAGGUCAUUUUAAGGCACUGCGCAUGCGUUACGUCGUCUCUCUCGUUCACUACCAAAAUCGAGAACGUGUUUACCCUGUUUUUCCCGUCGUCCUAAAUUUAGGACGCCGUGCUCGCUUGUGAAGUUUAAAAAGUUUAAAGAUGGAAGACGAAAGUAUAGUGGCAACGCUGCUUUCACUAGUGCGUCCAACUGAGGCAGCGACAGAGUCUGAGGAAUCACAACAUACGUCCUCAGAAAAAGAGUCGGGGCAAGAAGAGCAAGUGUUGCCCAGUUGUAAAUCAAAACGGACAGCUUCACAUAGAACUACAACAAGUUCACGUUCAGCUGCAAGUCCUCUAGUAACUAAUAAAACGCCUAUCUCGUGGACUCCAGACAUGAGCCUAAUUCUGUGCCGAGAGGUUGAUUAUGUCAAUCCUUUCAAAUACAAAGAGCGUACCAAAGAAAGGGGAAAGGCAUGGGAAGACAUUGCUACCAAUCUUAGGAGACACCAUCAACUCUCGAUCCAUUUUUGCAUCUAA